AGCCAGAGGCCACUAUUCCCAACUAACCGUCUCUAGUAAAAUUACUCAAUUCGUUAUUUUCGAUGACUUUGGGGUAGCAAAGUGAAUAAAAUAAUCGAAGUUAGGUACAAUCCCAUAUUUAAUUUACUGCAAGUUUUGAACAAUUGGUUGGCCUCAUUUCCCCCCAAUCCCCACUUUUUUCCUUUCUAAAAAUAGGCAAUCCCCCCCCUAAAAUGGAAGAACCGGACCGGAUUCAGUCAACGAGUCUUAUCGCAGCGGAGUCGGAAACGGCGCCGGCGGUGGUGCGCGAGGAGGAGGUGGUGGUGGACGACGACGAUCGACGGCCUCCCCAACCGUUUCCAUACCACACCACCGGCACCGGCUUAGAUGACGCUUUCCCGCCGCAUUUUCAGGCAGGAAACUAUGAGGAGACGGCAUCGUUCACGGAGGACACCUGGUCGUGCCUUGUCGUUGUUAUCACCUUCUGGUUCUUCGUGUCUCUGACGUUGAUAUUGGGGGUUUAUGGGACAUCAAAUCUGGAGCUUGGACCAAAUGCAUCUGUUCUGAUAAAACCUAAUUCAUUGUUUGUGAAGCAUAUGAUGGUGGAGGAGAUAGAUAUUGUAAAAGAUGGACCGCUGCUGUACGGGCUUCAUAAAAUUCCUCCCCUUGAUGUUGCCGCUGCUUGGUCUGAAGCUUAUAGAACCUCUCUUCUAGCAAACACUCACAAGGACUGGACAUUUUAUUUCAAUGCUGGAUCACAAAUAAGUAUUUCAUAUAAUGUGAAAUCACUAAGUUCAUCUUCUUUAGUCCUGGUAAUUGCCCAAGGAACUCAAGGUUUAGCUCGGUGGCUUGAAGACCCAUAUUACCCAAAUGCUGCCUACUCUUGGAGCUUGAUUCAUGGAAAUGGCUCUAUUUGGCUGGAUAUACCCAAGUCCUCUAGUUACCAUGUUGCAGUGGGUAACUUGAACUCCGAAAUGGUAGAGGCUCACUUGAAAAUCAACAUUCGUGCUAUGCUCUAUAAUACUAAUGAAGCAUACUACAAAUGUAGAACCACACAGGCUCAAUGUGGAUUGAAACUGAAUUUCCCCGGUGAAAAUGUUGCUCUUCUGCAAUCUCCUAGUAAGAGGCCAGAUACAGCUAAUAGCGUGUGGACUGUUAAAAUUUCCUAUGGACCUAGAUGGAUCACAUACCUUCUUGGCAUAGGUGGAACAAGCUGUCUGGUGUUACUGGUCCACCGCUUCCUAGUCAAUCUGCAGCAGAGUCGUGAAGACAGUAGUAGAUCUGAAUUAGGAGAUACGAGGUCCGAACGAUUCCCUAUGCUUUCACACAAGCACGAUGACAGCUCGAGUUUGGGUUCCUCUUACUGCUCUCAAGAUGAUGAAAAGUUUGAGGACGCGACCACAAGCAUCAACACAAGUGAUGGGAAGACAGUGAAAGAGAGCGAUGCGCCUCAUCUCUGUGCCAUUUGCUUUGAUGCACCAAGGGACUGUUUCUUCAUCCCAUGUGGUCACUGCUUGUCCUGUUUUGAAUGUGGAACAAGGAUAGCUGAGGCUGCAGGGACUUGCCCCGUAUGUCGCAGGCGCAUGAAGAAGGUGAAGAAGAUAUAUACAGUUUAGUCUGAGACUCCCUUUUUUAGACUUGCCACUUUGGAUCAUGGUGUAAAUAUAUAUAUAGUACUCUGUUUGUAUCAUUGCAUACUUGGCACUGUGGUAUAUGCUCACUAAUGUCCACUGAUAGCCUUUUCUUAUCAUAAGGUAAGUACGUUUUCGUUUUGGAUUUCGUUCUACGUGUUUUUUUAAGAAUCAAAAUAACAUGGCACAAUAAUGAUUGAAAUUGUUU